CCCGACGUCACGUCCGCUGCCGGGUGUGAAGGAAACGUGGCCUUUCGACAAGACUCUUGUCAGCGAGCGAACAUGGCGGAGACGGGCGGCCCGGCUAUCACCGACAGUGCGCUCAAUGUCACGCUCAACGACACCCAGGAGGCCGCCAAUGCCACCGCCAAGUUCGUGGCGACUCCCGAGGGGACGGCCGUCGCCUAUGGAAGCCUGGUGAUCAUGGCGCUGCUGCCCAUCUUCUUCGGGGCCUUGCGUUCGGUGAACUGCGCCAAGUCCAAGAAUUCCUGUGAUAUGCCUGAGACCAUUACAAGUCGAGAUGCAGCCAGGUUUCCUAUCAUUGCUAGCUGUACACUGUUUGGCCUUUAUCUUUUUUUCAAAAUAUUUUCUCAAGAGUACAUCAAUCUGCUCCUAUCCAUGUAUUUUUUCAUACUUGGCAUAUUGGCUUUGUCUCACACUUUAAGUCCAGCUAUGAAUAAAAUAUUUCCUGCAAACAUACCAAACAAACAGUAUCAGCUGCUUUUUACUCAGGGAGCAGGGGAAACCAAGGAGGAAAUCGUCAACUAUGAGUUUGACACCAAAGAUAUGAUCUGUUUGGGUUUUAGCAGUGUGGUUGGAGUCUGGUAUUUGCUGAAAAAGCAUUGGAUUGCAAACAAUCUGUUUGGAUUGGCAUUUGCUCUCAAUGGUGUUGAGCUUCUGCAUCUCAACAAUGUAAGCACAGGAUGUAUCCUCCUCGGUGGGCUUUUUGUCUACGAUGUAUUCUGGGUGUUUGGCACGAAUGUCAUGGUAACCGUUGCCAAAUCAUUUGAGGCACCAAUCAAAUUGGUGUUUCCCCAAGAUCUUCUCGAGAAAGGACUUGCUGCCAAUAAUUUUGCAAUGCUUGGCUUGGGGGAUAUCGUUAUUCCAGGCAUCUUCAUUGCCCUUUUGCUUCGUUUUGAUGUGAGUUUGAAGAAGUAAUACAAUCGAUACAUACUUCUAUGAACCAGCUUUGAAGCUUAUAUACUUGGUCUUGGUCUUACCAUAUAUAUAAUGCACACUUUCAAGCAUGCACAGCCUGCUCUACUGUACUUGGUACCUGCCUGCAUUGGAUUACCAGUCUUUGUUGCUGUGGUUAAAGGAGAACUUACUGACAUGUUCAGCUACGAGUCUUCAGCUGAGGUCAUGCCACACACGCCGAGGCUCACCCAUUUCCCCACCGUCUCGGGCUCCCCUGCUAGUCUGGCCAACUCCAUGCAGCAAAAGCCCAACUCCCCCCGCCGCAGGCGGACGAUCCCAAGCCCCAUGUAGUCCCGCGAGAGGGCUUGUGGAGCAACAGCGGGUCAGGUACGAAGAAAAGGCCGACCUUCCUGACGCAGCGACUUUGGAUGAAACCAAGGACGACUUGAAGGAAACCAAGAAGGAACAGUAAUGGAUGUGCCACAGAGCAAUCAAUUAAAAAAAAAAAAAAAAAAAAAGUUUUAAACAUUCCCAGAUGCCUGUUCUGUGUUCAUUUUGUACAAAUGCCUAAUUGUAAUGAUGUGGUUAUUUGUGUCACGCAUCCCUGGCUAUUAAUGGGGGAAAAGUAUUUCAUUACAUCAUAGCAUGAUGCUAGUUACUCAGUUCCGCUUGGUGUUUUCUAUGAAUGUGCCAAUUAAUUGUUUUUAAAAAGAAACCCAAGAGGUUGCACCAGUGCCUAUCUGUAAUCUUUUAAUUUAUUUUUGAAUGGAUUGAUCAGUCUGAAGAAGGGUCUCGGCCCGAAACGUCACCCAUUCCUUCUCUCCAGAGAUGCUGCCCGUCCCGCUGAGUUACUCCAACAUUUUGUCUAUUGAAGUGAUCAUGACACUUGAAUUCAAAGGUGGCAAUAUUUUUGAUUUGUUUCUCAAACAAAUGCAGAAACUGAAUUUUUGGAUCGGUAUUCACCAAGUUCAUGUUAUAAAAUUUGUAUUUAUUUAAAGAAAUAAAUACCUGUUGUUUUUUACAUGCGGCUUUCAAUUAAAGACUCCAGUGUCUUUUUAAAGGGGCAGGGGUUAGGAUUUAUUGGACAGGCUUUUUUUUAAACACUGACUAUUGACAAUAUAUACAGCUUGCAACCUUGAAUGUAUGCCACACAUGAAACGCUGAAAUUUAAGUAGUAAAUAAUUAAAAAUUAACUGCUGUGAUUUACUGAAAUUUUGUAUGUUCUAAUUGCUGGAAUUGCUUAAUUUAAUGGAUUAUUUUCUUUUCCUGCAUUUGUUUGUUAAACCAAAAUAAUGCGAGCUACUUUAUAUUGGAUGCACAUAUUUACAUCCACUUAAAUCCUUAUGUAGUUUUUGAUUUUCAUUGCAUUAACAUUAGCUGCUUUUACUGUUAUAUUGCAGCACAUGGCACCACCAUUGUAGAGAGUGGGCAUUGUGUCUUUUUCGCACCUUUUGCCGCGUCACGGAGGGACCAGUGUGAUAGAACUGUUGCAAUGCCCUAUUUUUAUUCCUUCAUGUCUUUCUCUUCCACGCUCUCCCCAGUGACUGAUUGUAUACCCUUCCAUGCCUUGCCUGAGGUGAGCUAGCAGAAGAAAACUGAGGGCAUGGGUGGGGGGAGGUCCUGACAAUCUUCCACCUUCCCUGGUUCGUAUUACAAUCCCUUUUUGGGGAGUGAAAGUGAAUUUGGAUCCGUUAACUCCAUCUUGGAAUGACGAACCAGAAUGAUGUAAAUGACAGAGAUUACCUUCUGGAUAAUUUGGCAGGUUUCAGAUGUCGCAGUCUAGAUUAAUCCAGUUUAGCCAAACUAUUGUGUCCCACCAUUCUGAGUCUUGGUGCAUAUAUUUUUAAGCACUUAACCAGCCUGAGGGAUGGUAAAUUUGUUGACACCUAACUUGAGCUGAGCACAUAAUAGUGCUGUGAACCAGCACUUUGGCUCUCAUGUGAUGUGUAAGUCUUUUUGCUUCUGCAUUGUCUUGCAGUUUCUUUCCUCACAGAUUUAAAAUCGGCUCACCCCAGUGUUAUGUUAUGUGUUUAACAUUUGGUUUUGCUUUUGUUAGUAAGGAGCAUUGCAUCUUAACUAGAGAUUUAAGUGCUGAAAAGUGUGUGGUUACAAUGCAAGAAUAGAAACGGACAAGUUUGCAGAGUGUUAGUUUGAAUAAUUGAACUUCUUAACAAUUAUAUUUUCACCCAAAUUGGCAUGCUGUGGUUUGGUUGUCCAAGGCAUUUGGGAGUAUAUUUGGACAAAAUUUGAAUAAAUAAGACUAAACCAUAGGACCAGAAUUGGGCCCAUUGUGUCUGCUCCACCGGGCUGACCAGGUUUUUUUUUUGUCCUCAUCCCAAUUCUCCUGCCUUCUAUUAAAAUUGGAUGCCCUUCCUAAUCCAAAACCUAUCAAACUCCACUUUAAAAAUAACCAAUGACUUGGCCUCCACUGCCAUCUGUGGUAAUGAAUUCCACAGAUUCACCACCUAUUCUCCAGAUGGAUGAAGGUGGAGUAGAAUAGAAUCGCCUCUUAAAACGUCAUCUCCAAAACCAAUUAGUGAAUUUUGAGACUUCAUAUGUCUGUUAACCCUCUAUCACAACACACUCCUUCAAGAGAGGUGAAUUAAUCAUGGCUCUGAGCACUUCCUGCCAGAAUGAGAAAAGGAAUUCCAUUCCAGAAAGGUGACAGGAAUCUGUUUAAAACAAAAAUUAAGCACAACUUCUCUUUGGGUUAAAGGUAUUUUUUUAAGUACAAGAUAUUUUAGAAUGAUGUUUUCAAAUCUUAUAGUUAGUUUUUAAGUAUCCUUUAGUGAUACAGCCUCUUCACCAUAUCCAUGUCCCGGAAUGCUCACUGCAUACAGCUAUGCUACAGCAACAGUGGCAUUAUCUGAAGAAGGGUCCUGACCCAAAGUGUUGCCCACAGAUGCUACCUGACCCGCUGAGUACUCCAGCACUUUGUGUCAAUCAGUGGCAUUAUCAACAUUGUGGUACCACUCACUGCUGAAUGUUUGUACCGAUUUAUCCUUUUGUUUGACUCUGCCCUCAGUUUAACUAAUGGAAGAUGAUAUGGCACUAGUGUAAAGUUUGAUUGUGUGAAUCUAGAGCAAAUCAUGCCAACUUCAACUUGCUGCUUCUGAUCAGAAGGUGCCCGAGUCUGACCUUGGGUGCUCGGUCUAGUUUCUUCAGUGCUUCGCCCCCAAAACCUCUGAGCACAGUAUUUGAAGCAUUAAAACGUAGCUGUAGUCCUCUGAUAAUGUAGAAAUGGUCCAGGCAGGUUAAGGAGGCUUUUCUUUUGUGUUGUAGCAGGGUGGUGUUAUUUUAUUGACAUCUGAAACUUUUUAAAAUGUGUUUGAAUAAAUGACUACAUGUGUUGCACCUGAAGCUGUUGUGUGAUGCCUAUACAUGCUUUUUAUUCUACAGGGAGGAUGUAAACUGCCUUCCCGUCUUGUUCUCAAUUGGGAUUAGUCUUUGCAGUGUGUUUUACAUUCAGCUGUACACUAUGACUUGGAGGUUCGGUACAGUUAAAACUUAUUGAAAUGCCUUUAUUUCUGGUGGGAUGGGAUUUAAUUUUUUUUUUACUGUGUUUGCUCCAUUCGAAUUCUUACAUUUUGUCUUGUUCUGUCAUCUCCCACCCCUCAAUCUUGCUUUUUUUUUUUUCAUUGUAGAAAAACAAAAUGGUUCUUGUAGAAAGAGGCUGUGGUUGAUUUGCAAUAAACUGUGGUGUGCACCACUCUCAAUAAUCAU